AAAGUGACCAUUUGUGGCUUUUAAACUUCCCAUCAAUCAGCUGGGGGGGUUUCACGUUUCUGUCUGAAAUAUGAAAUAGGCUAACAAACAGCAAAAAUGCGAAGGAAAGUCAAAGCCGAAAAGGCCUCACCCAGGGCCGCACAGGGAAAUGCUAAUAUCAACAUUAAAGCAAAAGAAAAUACACAUUUGAAGGUGAUUAAACAAAUAAUGAGACCUACUAAAACUCAGACUGGGAAAGGUCUUGGAAAGGCAGGAGCCAAGCGUUUGGGCCGACUACUGAAGCGAGCCAUCCAGGACCAGGAGAAUCCCACGGUAACAGGAAAGCUUUCUCUGCCAUCGACUCCUGUUCGCCUUUUCAAGCUUCAGAUUCAAACUGAGGCAGAGAAUGCACCCAAGACCAACACUGCAAAGCAAGCCUCACCUCAUGUCUCCCCGCUCAUCCUCAGUGUGGUUUCUCAGUACAAAAAUCAAGGUGGCAUCACUAUGGCAGAGCUCAAGCAGACGCUGGCUGCUGGAGGCUACGAUGUCACCAAGAACAGCAGGCAGGUGAACGUGGUGACGAACAGGCUGAUUAACAACAAGACACUUGUACAAACUACAAGAAAUGUGUCAUUCAGACUCAACAAUAAGAAACAAAAAGACACAAAGCGAGUAAGGACAAGAAGUGUGAAAUCCCCGGAACAAAAAGGGGAUCUGAGGCGGAGUAAAACAGCCAGCAAUUCCCCCAAAGGAGCAGAAAAGCUACAGAGACAAGCCAGAAAGAGUCCAAAAACAAAAGGCAAAACACAAAAACCAAAAAGCAAGCCUUGCAGAGCAGCAGCAGCCAAAUCAAACAAACUAACAGCCAAGACUCGUAAACCAUCAGCCAAAUCGUACAAACAAACAGCUAAGACUAAUAAACCUGCAGCCAAAUCAAAUAAACAAACACCCAAAACACAUAAACCAGCAGCCAAAUCGCACAAACCAAGAAUGAAGACACCCAAAGCAAGAAAAUCGCCAAAGCCAGCAGGGAAGAAACGCGGGUCUGCAACUAACCAGGCAGCACAGGUUCGCAAGGCACCAAGGAAGGCUCAAAGACGUCAACGAAAGCAAAACCAACAUCCGUAUAAAUCUUCCCGGAAAAGACAGCCACCAAGACGGAGGCUUCCUAAAACAAGACAGCUGCGUCAGGUUGCCAGGAGAAGAGCAUACUAUUAGAGUUAGUAUUUGGAUUAAUUUAUGGUGAGCCGUAAUAAACCUCUCUAGCAACAUGAAA